AUGAAGGUAUUUUUCGUGGCCACUUUGGUAUUGCUCAGUGCUUCCUUCGGUAACACCGACUUCAUCAAACACUGUCUAACUGAAGAAGAGUUUAAUAAACCGUUGGCAAACAACAUAGCAACCAAGACCGAAUUACUCAACAUGAUUCGUGCGAAAACUGCAAAAAAGCAUCAAAUUGCAAACAUGCAUGAAUGGAAAUAUGACAUGACCCUGGAGAAGGAAGCAAGAAAGAUGAAGUCUUGCGAUGAUUUCAAACACGGUGUCAACUAUCAAGUGGAUUACUACGGGAGAAAAGAAAAGGACCCAAUCUGGAAAGAAUUCGUGAAGAACAGUGCGAAUAAGACCGCUACCUCGUAUUCUGAGACGGACCAUCCACUUUUGACGUCCUUCAUUGAAUGUCAAUUGACAACUACAUGUUUCAUGGAAACGCUUCUUGUUGAUGAUGUCGCUAAUUUUUCAGCAGCCGAUAUCACUUUGUACGGCUGGCGUGGAACACUCUCCCUAUCUGACUUCCAACACGGACCGCCCGGAUCGAAGUGUACUCAUGGAACAACUGGACUAGAAUUGUGUAUUUCCCCGCCGAGAUCUGACUCAGAGACGAUUGCUCCUUUGUCUGAAAAUAAUGGUGAAGGGGUGAACUCGAUUUUUAUCUAUUUUUCCAUUGCUUUCGUGUCUUUUUUUCUAUGA